GUGAGAAAUGCAAAAAGAGGUUUCAGAGCUGCUGCCAUCUCCUCAAACACCAGUGCAUUCACACAGAGGAAAGGCCCUUCCACUGCCCAAACUGCAGGAAGGGCUUCAGCGAGUACUGCACCCCUGUCAAGCACAUCCACACUGGGGAGAGGCCCUAUGAGUAUGCGCAGUGUGGGAAGAGCUUCUCCAGUACCUCUCACUUGACUAGACACCAACAGAGCCAGCCCUAAGGACAGCCCUGUGAGUGCCUCGAGUGCGGGAAGAGCUUCAUGUGCUGCUCCAUUCUCCAUGGGAGGAUCCAUGCUGGAUGAUCCCCGUGCUCCCAGUAUCGCCCGUUGUGCAUCGCAAGGUGGGGCUGCUUUGGAAGCCCCAAGGGUAGAGUGUGGCUGCUUUUGGGUGUCGGCGCUGCCCAGGCCGGGCUGGGAGCUGAGCAGCAGCGGGAGGAAGAGGAGGGACAGGACGAGGAGGGAGAGGAGGAGUGGAAGGAAGAGGAGCUGCAGAACCACGCUGGUUUCCCGGCCUUCCCACACUGCUCAGGCUGCAGCUGCCCCGGCUCCUGCUGCAUCGCCCCUCGGGGAGCCGCAGGAUUUGCCAUUUCCAAAACUUGUUGCGAUGGAGGAGGAGGCCGUGAGGAAGAGGAAGAUGGCCUGGGAGCCCCAUGCAGGUGAGGAGGAAGUGGAUCCCCCCAUGCAGAGAAUCCAUAAUGGGGAGAAACCCUACAAGUGUGAUCAAUGCAGGAAGAGGUUUCAGACCAGCUCUCAUCUCCUCCAGCACCAGCAGAUUCACACAGAUGACAGGCCCUUCUGCUGCCCUGACUGUGGGAGCAGCUUCAAGAACAACUCUACCCUCGUCAGGCACCGGCGCAUCCACACUGGGGAAAGGCCCUACGAGUGUGACAAAUGCUGGAAGACGUUUAAGACCAGCUCCACUCUCCUCCUGCACCUGCGCACUCACACAGAUGAGAGGCCUUUCCUCUGCCCCGACUGCGGGAAGGGCUUCCAGCGCAACACCCACCUCACCAGCCACCGGCGCAUCCACACCGGGGAGACGCCCUAUGAGUGUGGGGAGUGUGGGAAGAGAUUCCAGCACAGCUCAGCCUUGUCCCACCAUCAACGGAGCCACCACUAAGGGAAGCCCUGCGAGUGCCCCGAGUGCAGGAAGAGCUUUGUGCGCUGCUCCAGCUCCAUCCCCCAUGGGCGGAUCCACCCUGGAUGAUCCCCAGUGAUCCCCAGUGAUCCAUGGUGCUGGUGAUUCCUGUUGGGAAGACACCUGGCUGGGGGCUCCACAUCCUCCUAGCUCUCCAUGGGCACCUGCACACAUCCACAGACCAACAUCCAAAAUCCAUUUUGUAGAGCUGAUUUGUCGACUUCUGAGCCCAGAAAAAUCUCUCUUUUUGCAUCUUCUCGUGGCCUUAAGCAACACUGGAUGGCCUUGGAGGUCUUCUCCAACAUAAAUCCAUCAUUUUAAUUCUCUCUGGCCCACAGGCAUAUUCCACAGCCAGAUGGGGAUGGACUGGGGCAAAACCCUCAGUUUUGGAAACAGUGGCGUGGAGACCUCUCCAAAAAAGGUUCUUUCAAGCCUAUUCAAGCAUGUUGAUGCUCUGCCUGCAGGGACACAUAAAUCAUUUUGUUUUGGCCUUGAAAGGAAAAGGUUUCUGUUCAUGCCUUUGAGAGCCCUGAAACUGGGGUAAAAAUAAACGCGUUGAACUAAGGCAUGGACAGGGGCAUGUGGGAGACAAUGACAUGGGUGAGGCCAUGGGCAGACAUAGACAUACACGGGAACUUGUGGGACAUGGUGGAACACAGACAUGGAUGGGAACAUGGGAAACAUGCAUGGGGACGUGGAAUGGGACAGCAUCAGUGCCACCACCUGUGCCACUACAGUGCUGCCAGCACCUUCAUCUCAGCCUUGGCAAGGCACAGCCUGAUGCAGUUCCUGCCACCACAUCCCCAAUGUCACCACUGCGGUGUCCCAGCGGAAUGUCACCACCCAUCAGGGCAGGGUGGGGACAUUAUUCAGCUGGUGACAAGUGGCCCGGAAGCAAGUGACAACCAUCAGGGUGUCCCAGGACCACCACACUUAGGGGACCUCAGCUUCCCCUGGGUGCGUUGCAAAGGUCUGUGUCACCUGGGGGGUCGUGUUGCCCUGCACUGGGUGUCACCAGAGGUGUCCUGGUGGCAGCAUCCACACGGGUGUGGUGACAUUGUCCUCAGAUGUGUCUCCUGGUGGCAUUGUGUCCCCUCCCCUCUGUAUAUCCUCAUCCACCAUCAUGGCUCCCUGUCACCCCUCUUUGUGUCCCUGUCCUGCCCCUAUGUGUCCCUGGCCCCUUCUGUAUGUCCCUGUCUGUCUCCCUAUGUCCCUGCCCCCACCCCUGGCAGGGCCAAAAUCCCUGAGG